AUGACAGUCGCACAGGGUUACCACAACCUCAUCCCCGUCACGAACCUCUCGCCACCCAUCGACACAACGCAGCCCUACGACCCCUCCACCCUCGCCGGCAAGACCGUUCUCAUCACCGGCGGCGCCCUCGGCCUCGGCGCGGCAUUUGCGAGGGAGUGGGCCUCGCACGGGGCUAAUGUUAUCGUUGGUGAUAUCAACCCGUCCGCGGGCGAGGCACUUGUCGCCGAGCUUCGCGCUGCGUAUCCGAAACGGGGAGGCGAAGGAGUAAAAGGAGAUGGAGGAGGUGGAGUAGGAGGAGGAUCGCACCACUUUGUCACCUGCGACGUUACCUCCUGGGAGUCGCAGGUAAACUUCUUCAAAGAGGGUGCGCGCCUCUCGCCGAGCGGCGUCAUUGACGUCGUCGUGGCCAACGCGGGCGUCAACGAGCCUGGUGCAAACGGGCGCUUUGAGAUGCCGCAGGCUUCGAGGACGGACCCUGACGCGCCGCGGGAGCCGUCGACCAAGAUUAUCGACGUCAAUGUUACGGGGUUGUCGUAUACGACGCACCUCGCCCUCUUCUGGCUUCCACGGAACGGGAACGGUGCUGGUGGCGCCGGUGGUUCUGGUUCUGGUUCUGCCCGCGACAGGUGUCUGUUGCUCGUCGGCUCCGUUGCCGGCGUGGGACAUUUCCCGGGCCAGGCGCCGUAUACCAUGUCGAAGCACGCCGUUACGGGCUUGUUCCGGGCGAUGCGCGGGACGGCGUAUAUGAGGCACCAGGUGCGGAUGAAUAUGGUGUGUCCGUACUUUGUGAGCGGCAGCCAGAUGUUUCCUGGGGCGGCGGAGGCGGCGUUGCUUGGGGGCGGGGCGGGCGGGGCGCAGGAGAGGGAUGUGGUUGAUGCUGCGACGAGGCUUGUUGCUGACGAAGGGGUUGUUGGGAGGGCGCUGCUUGUUGGGCCGGAGGUUGAUGCUUUGGGGUUGAUGGAGGGAGGUGAGGACGGGGAGGGGGGGAUGGUGGGUGGUGAGAAGAAGGGAAAGGUUGCGGUUUGGGAUGUGUAUGCGGAGGAUUAUAAGGAUUGCGAGGCUUUUGUAUGGAGGUGGAUUCGGGUGAUGAAUACAGUUGAGUAUGUUAGGGGGUGGACUGGGUGGAUUGGGGAUGUGUUUUCGAUUCUGACGAGGCCUGUUCGAGGGGGAAGGUGA